AUGAAAAAGGGGGCCAUUAUAGGAUUGGACAAAGAUAGCAAGUUUGCUAGGGUAUCAUCAACUGAUCUGUAUGUAAAGCCAUUAUGGGAACAAGUUCUUAAAGAGCAUUCCAUAUCUUUGGUAGACAGCCCACAAAACGUACCUUCUGGCACCAAGCUAGUUGAGAUUGGAGAAUACGAUGAUUUAGAUGUUGAAAGACUCAUGUCAGACUCUAACUAUUUUGCUUGUACGUAUAUCUACAGAAAAGCAUUGAUUCGCAAACAUUAUUUGGGCUAUACGAUUGAACGCUACAUAUCUAAGAAUCCAACUUCUGCUCUCGCUAAAGCUUUUCCUACUACUUAUAACAUUGAAGUGGAUUAUGCUGAGUUCCUGGAUGAUGCUCUAGACGAGACUUACGGACUUCGUGAAGAGCUUGAGGAAGGACGGAAGACAUGGAUUUUGAAACCUAGUAUGAGUGAUCGGGGUCAAGGUAUUCGCAUCUUUAAGACAGUGGAUGAAUUACAGCAAAUAUUUGAGGAAUUUGAAGAGGAAAAUGAAUCUGAUAUUGAAGAUGAAGAACCUUCUCUUGAGGAGGAGGGUGGUAGUGGUAGUCACGGAAUUAUCACCUCUCAGCUGAGACACUUUGUUGUUCAGGAGUAUAUUAGUAGACCCCUCCUUCUACCUGCUCAUGGAAACCGUAAAUUCCAUAUCCGAACAUAUGUUCUUUGUGUGGGCGCUAUAAAAGUCUAUGUUUAUAAAGAUAUGCUGGCAUUGUUUUCUCACGUAUCCUACCAGCAACCGGAAGCAGAGGAAGAUGGUGGCAUCCUUAGUCUGGUUGGACAACUGACGAAUACUUGCUUACAGGGAAGUGUAAGGUAUCCAGGAACCGUUCACCGAUUCUGGAACUUAGAAUACGAUGAAGAUAAGAAGCAGAAAAUAUUUGAUGAUAUCUGUGAGAUUACAGGAGAGCUUUUCAAGGCUGCCACUAGCGUUGAUCGAAUUAACUUUCAACCUCUGCCUAAUGCAUAUGAGAUUUAUGGACUAGACUUCCUAGUCAAUGGAGAUGAUAACUCUGUUAGCAUCCUUGAAGUUAACGCAUACCCAGACUUCAAGCAAACUGGAGAUGAUCUUAAUAAUGUUAUCCUCAAUCUUUUUAGAAGUACAUACAACCUUGCCAUUAAAGGCUUUUAUGGGGACGACAACCUGGAUGACGAUGAUAGGAGCAGACUUGUCCUAGAACAGGACCUUAGUGGUGGCUGGUAG